AUGCUCCAGCAGGUCAAUGGCCAGAGUUCAGGCUCGGAUGCCCAUGGUCGGCAAUCCCUCAGUGGAGAUCUACAGGAGUUCCUGGAUGGGGAGGCCCCGCUUCACCAGCUAGAUGACCUCACCAAGGUGAAUCCUGUGACACUGGAGACAGUCCUGAGGUGUCUGCAGGCCCGGUACACAGCAGACACGUUCUACACCAAUGCUGGCUGCACCCUGGUGGCUCUGAACCCCUUCAAGCCUGUCCCUCAGCUCUACUCAGCAGAGCUGAUGAGAGAAUACCACACUGCUCCUCAGCCCCAGAAACUGAAGCCCCACAUCUUCACUGUGGGUGAACAGACCUACAGGAAUGUCAAGAGCCUGAUCGAGCCAGUCAACCAGUCUAUUGUUGUCAGUGGAGAGAGUGGUGCUGGAAAGACAUGGACGUCCCGCUGCCUGAUGAAAUUCUACGCUGUGGUCACCACCUCAUCCACAUCCUGGGAGAGCCACAAGAUUGCAGAGAGGAUUGAACAGCGAAUUUUGAACUCCAACCCUGUCAUGGAGGCUUUUGGGAAUGCGUGCACCCUGAGGAACAGCAACAGCAGUCGCUUUGGGAAGUUCAUCCAGCUCCAGCUAAACAGGGCCCAGCAGAUGACUGGAGCUGCAGUCCAGACCUACCUCCUAGAGAAAACUCGAGUGGCCUGCCAGGCCUCCAGUGAGAGGAACUUCCACAUCUUCUACCAGAUCUGCAAAGGAGCCAGUGCAGAUGAGCGGCUCCGGUGGCACCUCCCCGAGGGAGCAGCCUUCUCCUGGCUGCCCAACUCAGAGAGGACCCUGGAAGAGGAUUGUUUUGAGGUGACCAGAGAGGCCAUGCUUCAUUUGGGCAUCGACACCCCCACCCAGAACAACAUCUUUAAGGUCCUAGCGGGACUGCUGCACCUUGGCAACAUCCAGUUUGCUGAGUCCGACGAUGAAGCCCAGCCCUGCCAGCCGAUGGACGGUGCUGAGGGCUCUGUCAGGAUAUCCGCCUCGCUGCUGCUGCUCGCAGAAGACCCACUCCUGGAGACACUACGGAUCAGAACCAUCCGGGCAGGCAAGCAACAGCAAGUGUUCCGGAAGCCCUGCUCACAAGCUGAGUGUGACACACGCAGAGACUGCCUGGCCAAGCUGGUGUAUGCACGGCUAUUCGACUGGCUUGUGUCAGUGAUCAACAGCAGCAUCUGCGCGGAACCUGGCUCCUGGGCCACUUUCAUAGGCCUGCUGGAUGUGUACGGAUUUGAGUCCUUUCCUGACAACAGUCUGGAACAGUUAUGCAUCAACUACGCCAACGAGAAGCUGCAGCAGCACUUCGUGGCUCACUACCUGCGGGCUCAGCAGGAAGAAUACGCCAUUGAGGGCCUGGAGUGGUCAUUUGUCAGCUAUCAAGACAACCAGACCUGUUUGGAUCUCAUCGAGGGGAGCCCCAUCAGCAUCUGCUCCCUCAUAAAUGAGGAAUGCCGCCUUAAUCGGCCGAGCAGUGCAGCCCAGCUCCAGACACGCAUUGAGAGCGCCCUGGCCAGCAACCCCUGCCUGCGCCAAAACAGGCUCAGCCGGGAGCCCAGCUUCAUCGUGGUGCACUACGCGGGCCCCGUGCAGUACCAGACCGCGGGCCUAGUGGAGAAGAACAAGGACCCUGUACCACCUGAGCUGACCUGGCUCCUGCAGCAGUCCCAGGACCCGCUGCUCAAGGUGCUGUUUCCUACUGACCCCAAAGAGAAGUCCCAGGAGGAGCCUCCUGGCCAGAGCAGGGCCCCUGUGUUGACAGUGGUGUCCAAGUUCAAGGCCUCCCUGGAGCAGCUUUUGCAGGUCCUGCAGAGCACUACACCUCACUACAUUCGCUGCAUCAAGCCCAACAGCCAGGGCCAGGCACAGACCUUUCUCCAGGAGGAGGUCCUGAGCCAGCUGCAGGCCUGCGGCCUCGUGGAGACCAUCCACAUCAGUGCCGCCGGCUUCCCCAUCCGGGUCUCUCACCAGAACUUUGUGGAACGCUACGAAUUACUGAGAAGGCUCUGUCCUCGCAGAUCCCUUGGCCCCCACAACCCACCUGAUGAAGGGCACUCAGAACAUUCUCUACAGGCUGAGGAGGCUACUCUGCAACUUCGCCUCAGGGGUAUCCUUAACACUAUGUCAGCUCUAAUGCAAGCAACAGACGUACCUGGUGACCCAGCAGAGGCCACACUGGCCCCUGUGCACUGUGGCAAGACCAAGGUGUUCAUGACUGACUCUAUGCUGGAGCUUCUGGAACACAGGCGUGCCCAGGUGCUGGAGCAGUGUGCCCACUGCAUCCAGGGUGGCUGGAGGCAAUACAAGCGACGCAAGCAGGAGAGGCAGAGACGGGCUGCCACGCUGAUCCAGGCAGCUCUCCGCUCCUGGUUAACCCGGAAGCACAUCCAGAAGCUGCACAAAGCCGCCACGGUCAUCAAGCGCGCCUGGCAGAGGUGGAGAGUCAGAAUGUCCCUCCUUGCUUCUAAAGAACUCGAUGGUAUGGAAGAAAAACACUUGCCUCAAGCUCCCCAUUCCCCAAGUUCCUUCUUGCUGCCUCAGGCAGAGACCAAGCUCCUGGGGGCAAUAAUCCGCCUGUGGCCCCUGGGACUGGUCCUGGCCAAUGCGGCAGUGGGUGUACACGGCUUUCAGAGGAAGCUGGUGGCCUGCGCCUGCCUGCAGCUUCCCCCACGCCACCCCAGUAACCACACCAUCCAGGCGGCACAGGAGCAAGCUGGCGUCACAUCCAUCCGAGCGCUGCCUCAGGGCUCUAUAAAGUUUCACUGCAGAAAGUCUCCCCUGCGCUACGCAGAUAUCUGCCCUGAACCUUCACCCUACAGUGUUGCUGGCUUUAAUCAGAUUCUGCUGGAAAGACACAGGCUGGGCCACGUGUGACCUCUCGCCUUCUCUCCUCA